AUGACAGAUAUUGCAAGGGAAGCUGUCCUUGCAACACAGUAUCUGCCCAAACCAAACCGGUGCUCUCUUUCUGUUUCGCGUGCAAAAACCGUGCUUGUUUCUUUCUGUGACCUCCCAACAGGAGCUGGUGACCUGACCGGGGAUGCUAUGGGCUAUGUGACAGGCGUGCUGGCCGUACUGAUACACGCUGCCUACCUGGUGCUCAUUCAGAAGACCAGCGUAGAUAGUGAAUACGGACCCCUGACAGCUCAGUAUGCCAUCGCUGUUUCGGCCACCCCUUUUCUCAUUAUCUGCUCCUUUGCCAGCAUGGAUUCCAUCAACGUCUGGUCCUUCCCGGGGUGGAAGGACCCUGCCAUGGUAUGCAUCUUUAUCGCCUGUGUUCUGAUUAGCUGUGCCAUGAACUUUACCACCCUUCACUGCACUUACAUUAACUCAGCUGUGACCACCAGCUUUGUAGGGGUGGUGAAGAGCAUAGCAACCAUCACGGUGGGCAUGGUGGCAUUCAAUGAUGUGGAGCCCACAAAGUUAUUUAUAGCUGGUGUUGUGGUCAACACCUUGGGGUCUGUCAUUUACUGCGUGGCCAAGUACAUUGAGACCAGACGGCAGAGCAAUUACGAGGACCUGGAGAAAGAAGCUAGAGAGGAGGAGGGGAAAAGGCAGGCUGGGGACCAAGCACUGUUUGCGAUGGAGUCAAUUUCCCAGGAGAAGGGGGCUGAGGAAGCAGCAGUGGAAGGAUCAGCCAUGGGAGACAGCCAGAGCAGAGAGGAAGAGAAGGUCAGCACUGAGAAACCUGCCAAGGGACCAACGGUCCAGGGAAAAGCCGCCGGCACACAAGAAGUGAACAGGAGCUCGCUGAAGGAUGCCUAUCUUGGAGUAUGGAGGUUGGUGAGGGGUGCUAAUUAUAUAAAGAAGGAUUAUUUGAUAGAAAAUGAAGAGCUACCAAACCCUUAAAAAGCAGGUUGGAAAACCUAUUGCUUGAGGACAGACACCUGGUUCUCUGUACAGGGGGAAAGACAGAGCAUACAUUUCCACAUCAAGGCUGACAAAUCCAAAUCAUGUAGGAUGACUUUACCUCAUUGUCAAAAAGCAAAAGGUCUGAGUUUGCUCAUGCUUUGGGCUUGCUUUCAGCUGCUUUCAGUACAUCAGCAUAGACCCACCACAGCUAAAGAUGCCAAGUCCUCUGCUGUGGACACAGAGAGAGUCGGGUAAUGGGGAGUCACGGGGUGCUUGCCCAUCAGCCCGGGCUACGAGGGACUUUGGUACCAUUGAGUUAGUUGGUAGUGCCAGUGACAUGGCAGUGGCCUGUAGCUUAGCUUGUGUCUGGAGCCUGUGAUUUUAACACCAUUCGGAGGCUCUGUCGAUGUGCUUCUGUAUCUGUAUCCGUCCAAUUAUAGGUACUCUAUAUAAAUAUAUUUCUACAAUAUAUAAGCUCCUGUUAACUGUACUUUUAUGUGCUCCUCUCAUGAAUACAAUUGCAACAGAGCUAGAGGUUGUGCCACUUCAAUUAUAUUGGUGUAGAAUAGCCCUCAACUGAAGAGUUGAAACUCUCCCUGAUUCUGUGUCCCGGCUGGGCCUUGGACCUGGUUUACAUUGGGUGGUUUGUGUCUUCAGUAGAUAUACUACUUCUGUCUUGCGGUGGUGUACAUGAGAGCAGAACCAGAUUUGAACUUUUGAGAAGCUUUGGUUAGCAAACGAAGGAUGUUUUUCUAUGAGCUUUAACUACAUGUAGCAUUGGGAAUACUAGCUUGACCUAAAUAAAAGAGUUUGGAAAUGUUAGUAUGUAUUGAUUUGAUUUGGGAGGGCUAUAAAAAAAUUAGGGAGAAAGUGUGUGCCUUGUGCUAUCCCCUCCUUGUACCCUAAAGUCAGGUGAAUCAGAGCCUGGACUGGAACCUAGGUGUCCUCUCCAUCUCCCUCUCUCAGAAGUACAGGCUGGUAGCAGAACUGGGGAUGCCAUCUCUCCGGGGUUCCCAGAGGUGCUUUUGCAGGACAGUUUUGCUAUAUCCUGGCCACGUGUUGGGACACAGCUUCGUGUGCAUCAGCCCUCGCUGUCCCUGCGCUGUAGCGUCCAGUGGAAGAAAGCGCAGGCAGGGAGCCAGGGAGCUGCAGGGUGCUCCAGCAGAUCCCACGGCUGAGCGCUCGCGGGCCGGGAUGCACAGUGCGCUCAGCACCGAGAUGGCUGUGGCUUUGGUGGAAGCUGCUUCCGUGUACCCAGACUGUCCCUGUGGGCUACAAGGGGCAGAGCUGUCUCUCCACCCUGGCUGCUGCAGCACUCCUGUGGGAAGGCGUGCCCUCCAGGGGGGCCUCCACUGAAUAUGCUAAUAUUUAGUACCCCAUACAUUUAAUGGGAAAGACUGGGGAAACAAGUGUGUGAGUAUUUCUUAGCCUGGGGAUACUCUUUUGGUGGGUGGGGAUCCUUAGGUCAAACCUUUGCUUAGAACCAGGCAGAGAGGAGUUUUGACUUUGAGCCUUCCCCAUCCCAAAACAGUGCCCCAGCCACUGGGCCAUCUUGACCACAGGCUGAAACAAGUUGUUAUCAUCUCCUGAUAAAAGUGACCAUGUUGUUUAUUGUUGUUGUUGUUGUUGUUAUUCUUAUUAUUAGUUAUUAAGCCACUGAACUGGAAAUCAAUUAUUCCCACAGCCCUAAUUAAGCAGUGCCUAGCCCAAUGUCUUCUCAAGCCAAGCAGGCAGCAUUAGCCUCACAGCGCGUUCAGCGCUGAAAUCCAAAAUGGGCAAUUUACCCAGCAGAGUCUAUCUGCAAAAUUGAUCUCUGGGAGAGCUUUGUAUUCUUGUCAGAGGCAUUGAGUGCAACAGGCAGAGGCAUCGGGUUCAACAGUAUGCUUUUUGAGUGGACAAGUUGGGUGACCUGGCAUCACCCAUGAAUUUUGAAAGAGAUGGCUAUGAAGACAUUGAGACUAAAAGUCUGUAGCUGCUGGGCUGGGGGAUGGGGCAGGGAGAUCUGUACAUCACACAUUAUGUGUAGCUUGUGAAUAUCAAGAGAUUCUGGCUAUAUGCCGAAAUACGUUUACUUUUUGCUCAAGCUCCAUACAGCAUCUUUUGCAAAAAAAAAAA